UGUUUGUAAUGCAUUAGCUAACCCCAGCUCAGUGGAGGCAAGAAUUAAACAGACCAUAUUCCCCAAGGUGACACUUCUCUUUCUCGGCAGCAGCAGGUGGCUUAGUUCAUACAUCUUCUCCUACCUCCCCACCACCUGCCAAGCCAGGAUGACCAGCCGCUCCAACGAAUUCAGCAGCCUCAGCAGCAGUUCCCUAUCGUCUUGGCAGGCAUCAUGGAAUCAGACCAGGGGGAGCUCAGUUGUGACGUCCUCUGAAUACUAUGGCGACAGCAGCCCUGGCAGUCCAGCCAGCAGAGGCUUCAGCACCUCGAGUCUUGGUGGAUACAUGUCUUCCUCUUGCCCGUCCGUCUGCAGCAAUGAGAAGCUCUGGACCCCGCUGCACCUAGACUUGGACCCCACAUUCCAGGAGAGGAGGAAGCAGGAGAAAGAGGAGAUGAAGAUCCUCAACGACCAAUUUGCAUCCUUAAUCGGGAAGGUCCAAUGCCUGGAGCGGCAGAACAAGAUUCUCACGAUCAAGUGGAGCUUCCUGAAAGAUCAGGACAAUUCCCGUUCCGAGUCAGACAUCAAACUCCUCUAUGACCAGUACAUGAGCAAACUGAAGCAAGAGAUAAGGGCUAUCGGCCAUGAGAGAGAACAGCUGGAGUCGGAGUUGACUGAGGUGUUGAAGUCCAUGGAUAACAUACGAAGCAGAUACGAGGAUGAAAUACGUAAACGGAGUGGCAUGGAAUUCACCUUCACGGAGCUGAAAAGGGAUUUAGACGCUGGUUGCAUACAUAGAACCGAGCUUGAGGUCAAACUGCAUGGGCUUCAAGAGUUGAUGGAGUUAAAGAAAGCCGUAUACGAGCAGGAGCUUCAGGAACUGCUGGCGGAAAUCAAGGACAUCUCAGUCGUCAUAGGGAUCGAUAACAGAUGCAACCUUGACCUGAGCCACAUCGUGGAGGAAGUGAGGGUGCAGUAUGAAGCCCUCGCUUUCAGGAGCUGGGAGGAGGCAGAAGCCCUUACCUGGAGCAAGCUGAACGAAGGAGCCACCCACUCUGCCACGUACAGGGACCAGCUCUUCAGCAGCCGGCGGGAGAUUGCGGAGCUGACCAUUCACAUUCAGAAGCUGAGGUCCUCCAUCGUGUCCCUGAAGAGCCAGUGCCUGCAUUUGGAAGGGGACAUCAAAAAGGCUGGGGGAAACGGCCAGCUCGCUCUCCAGGAUGCUGAAGCCAAGCUAGCCGAGCUCCAGGAAGCCCUGCGGAAAGGCAAGGCGGACAUGGCCAGCUUGGUGAAGGAGCAUCACGAGCUGAUGAACAUCAAGCUGGCCCUGGACGUGGAGAUCCUCACCUACAGGAAGCUGGUGGAAGGCGAGGAGAGCAGCAUGGAGUCACUGACGUGCCCUGUCGUUAGCAGCAUCCACUCCAGCCCACGGCACUUUUCAUGCAUCUCCAGCUUCUUGGGGUCUUCCCAGCUGGCUUCUCAAGUGAAGGGCAAUUCUACCGAUGGGGUGACCCAAAAUGGAGCAGUGGCAAAAGCCGUCCUCACCAGGAGCCAGAGCAGCGGCUCAGCAACUUGGGAUGCAGAAGGACGGCCCAGUGGGGCACGUCCAAAGCAUCGCUUGCUGUCUGAUGAAGAACACAGCCAUGAGGAGUCAAUCCCUGCGGAAUAGAUGCCAGACAGGUUGGCAGCUGCGCCUGAACGAGACCAGAAUGCCUUCUCCUGAAGCCUGAUUCUUGCCAACAUCUGCGGGGCCAAGAAUGGGAAUCAACUUCAAACCAGCUCUUCCCAGCGUUUACGUCUUCCCAUCUCCAGCACUGGUUAGAAGCAGGACUCCCAACCUGGCAGAAUGCUCUUUGAACGUGCCCAAUUCUCACGCCAGCCCCGACAAACUCGUCCUGAUCCUACCUCCCUGAGGUGGGGCUCAUAAGGCUUAAUUCAUUGAUGUGCUUUGAGAUCUUCAAACAGAAAGCUCCGCAGAAGGAGAAAGUGUUAUUACUUAGUCUCCACGAUGGUAAACUGAAGGAUAGUAGCAGCAUAGUGGAAGGUAGAAUGCAGGAGCCUAGUGGGUAGAGCUGGACUCAGGAAACCUGGGUUCUAUUCCUGAUUCUGCUGGGUGAGCUAUGUCCCGCCUUAUGCCUCAGUUUCCCCAUCUGUGAAAUGAGGAUAAUGCUAUUUACCUCCUUUGCAGAGCGGUUUGAGAUCUCAGUGCUAGCUAAGAGCUAAGUAUUUUUAGUUAUUUUACCAGUAUUACCAAAAGAUUUCUUGCUUUCUUUCUUGCUUUCAUUCUUUGGUUUGUGCGGAUUUGCGUUAGGGUCUCUUUCACCAGCUGAUAAUGUGGUGCGUGCGAACGGUCUCAGCCACAUGAGUUGGCAGAGGCUGUGUUUGGUGACGUUUCACCACUGGCAUUCUGGCUGCUCAGGGGAAACCGUUGUGUAGUCCCAGAAUCCUCAGUCAAAGGCUUUCUUCCUAUUGCUGGCAGGAACUCUAUCUUGAUGGUGUCCUUUAAAAAUAAAAUAAAAUAAUCGUGACCUCAGGUACACUGGUGUAAAUCUGGAGCAACUCUGCUGACUUCAAAGGAGUUUGGCCCAGAUUCUGAUCUGAAUUACAGUGCUGUAAAAACAGGUUUACUUCACCUGGGUCAAUGGCGUGAGGGCCUGUCUUUAAUCUCAUUUCCACUCGCAUAAACCCAGAAUGACUCCAAUAAUUUAAACAGCAGGUUUAUCCUAGUGUAAUAGAGAUCUUAAAAGAAACCCAUACGUUUGUAAGUGUCCUCCUCUGUGUUGCUUGAUAAUGGCCAUCCCUCCUGGUUUGGGGGAGGCGAAGCAGGUGCACUCUUCUCAAUUGGACAGUAAAGCUAGAUGGGUCAGUUUUAUUUGCGGCUCAUGGUGGGUCGAGGAGCCCAAUUCGGCAAGGUGCCGAAUUCUCCUCUAUUAGAUGCCUCAACCCAGCCCCUUGUAUGGCUGGGUGCUCAUGCAGGUGCCAUAGGAAAUCCCACUGCAUGCUGGCUGUUAACGUAGCCUUUCAGGGCUGACCUCUGCACCCUUCAGAGAAGCAGCACAAGGCGGGACACCAUUCAAAGUCCACUUAAGCAGGCUGAAGUAGACACAGUGCACGAGGGAGAAUGUCAUCCUCAGAGCUCAUGGAGGCUACGAAAAACCCAACACGACUGUAAAAGACAAGCAUUGAUGGGGGGCGGGGGGGUUAGUUGUUAUUUGUUCUGGGAUAUUUAUUGGUUGUCAUUUAAAGAGAAUAAUCAACAUUAUAUAUAUAUAUAUAUAUAUAUAUAUAUAUAUAUAUAUUUCAUAACUUGCGAUGUCGCUUUUAACUUAAUUAACUAGAUCCCCAGCUGGUGUAAAUCAGCAUUGUCCCAUUGAAGUCAGUGGGGCAUGCUAAAUUUACACCAGCUGAGGAUCUGGCCUAGUGUAUAUAUUUAUUUCCCUCUUGCACAGACUCAAGUAUACACUGCAUUCCACCGAGGGCCAAAGUCUACACAAAGCCAAUGGGCUUGCUCUGGUGGCAAUGAAUCAAUUGCAAGGCCCUUUUUGUAUGGUUCUGUUACGCGUGUUGCAAUAUUUCCACGUUUCUGUAGGGUUGCCACCUGGCAUGGCACCCGUGUAACCAGCGUGCUGUCUGUUCCGCACUAUGACUGUGUUAUUAAAGUAUUAUUCCAAGUGAGCAUAGCUGUGUGGAUCCUAGGAUAUUAGCAAGACCAGAGGAGUGAGGUCAGAUUUUGUAAUGGACCAGCUUUUCGUUGGUGGAAGGGGAGAGACAGGUUUUCGAGCAUACUCAGAGCUGAAGAACAGCUCAGCAGAAACUCCAAAGUUUGUCUCUUUCUGACUUGCUUUGUCUCUUUCAUAAAGUAUUGAGAGGCGCGGAAGAGGGGAAAGGAGGGGGCGUGUCAAUUAUUUCCUUACAACGUCCUGACAGCUAAGACACAAUCCUGCUCUCAGAAGCCAAUUCCAACACCCGCUAGAAACAGUUCUUUGGGUAUCAACUCACGUCAGUGGCUGGAGAGGAAAGCUGGCCUGGGGGCUCUGCAAUCUGCUCUGCAAUUGGCUUCUCGUGUGUGACCUGCGGCAAGUCGCUUAGUGUCUCAAUCUUUCUGGGCUUCAGGUCUCCCUCUGUAAAAUGGGGAUCAUCCCACUUCCCUACCCUGGCUGGGGUAUGGUGAAGGCAAAUACAUUGGAGACGGUCAGGUACCAUGGGAAAAGGGACCAAAUGCGGAGCUAAGAUCGAGCCAGCUCUGUCGGAAAUCAGUUGGGUUUCACUCCCACCUUAGCCUUCUUGCUCAUUCAACGAAGAGCCUCCCCAACCUUGACCAACACCAAUAGCCCUUUAUCUCUGCCCUAGAUGGACACCCCUUUGCUUGGGGUAAAAAGGAAGCUCGGAGGAAACUGCCCUCUCCUUGGAAGGGGAGAAGAGAAUGCAGCCUUUGCUCCGAGUGGCAGUAGGGUCCAGUGGCUAGACCAAUGGGCUAGAACUCAGGAGAGGUGAGUUUAAGUCCAGAUGUUGCCCCCGGCUAGCACAAGUUUCUCCACCUUUUCCCCUCCCUCCCUUUGUGUCAGCUAUUUAGACUGUAAGCUCUUUGCGGCAGGGAUUGUCUCUUACUAUGGGUAUGUACUGCACCUAGCACAAUAGGGGCUUUAUCGAGCUAGACACUGCUGUAAUGAAAAUAAUAAUAACAAUCAUAAUAAAUGUUAUUCGUCUGGUUCAA